UGCGACGCGCGUUCGGAGGGACGGUUCGGGCAGAUCGCUCGUAAUUCGCGAGCCAAGUUAUGAUUCAUCAAAAAUACGCGGCACAUUGGAAACACGACGACGCACUCUCGUGAGCGCGUUUCGAACGCACUUUUUACGAGCGAUUAAUAAUUUUCGACGAGCGAUUAGCGCCGAACGGUGUUGGUAACUCGGACCAUACCGGCUGUUUCGUUUCUGAGUUGGCGAACGUGUCACCUCGUGAAACGUGUAUUUGUUAGCGGAGACGUGUAAGGUCCAACUAAGUGGUCGUGCGCGCGAGCCGGGAGAACGGGAGCACCUGCGGCUGAAACAGUGCUCCGAAACGCGCCCGUCGACGUCACAAUGGUGAGCUGAGAGGUGACACGUACGGGCAAUGGCGAAAAACGCGAGAGGCUGCGAGACGGUGCCCAUGAUUCUGGUAUGCGAACACUGCGCUAACCAGACGUUCAAGCAAAUCCAAGACUUCGUUAGGCAUUUGAGAGACCAACAUUGUUCCAGAGAAGGUGGGUCCUUCGUGUGCCUCUAUGGCUAUAAUGGAGUGUGCACCAGUCUUCCUGUGGAAGGUGUUUCCGACAAGGAUUAUAUAGCACACGCCACCAAGCACGCAGCGAUGCAGCAGCAACGGAAAAGCAAUGGCCAGUUAUCGGAGGCCGGCUCGUCGUGGACGGUGUAUUCAGCCGCGCAAAAUCUACCAGCUGUUCUCAACGAUCCCUUCAAGGGAAAGCAGAGCAAUUUCCUCACUCGCACCUGGGGAGAUGGGUUUAUCGAGAAGGUGGAUAUUCCAAAGAGUCCGUAUCUGCCUGAGGUCACGAUGCAGCAUUUUGAAAUGUAUUUGAAAAAGAUUGCAAGGAGAUAUCGGAAACAUUCGCGGAUGAACUCAAAUGCGAAUAGGCCAACUACUCCGAAUGAGCUACUUCAAAAUUUUCCAAAUCUUAGGAAAGUGAAAUCACUAGAUCGUCUGCAAUUCGAUUUAGCUAGUAUUCCAAAGAUCUUCUUAGUGCCGAGUUUAGAUCUUUCGCAAAAAGACAACUUUGACGCUGUGUUUCCAUUUGCGAAAGACGGUCUGUUAGCUGAGGAAUGCAACAUUGUUAUGCACGUGAAGCAAAUGCAAGAGAAGCUCAGUCACUACUUGGAUAUCGUGGAGGUCCGAAUAGCGGAGCAAGUCGCGUCCAAAUCUCAAGCCUUCUUCCAUGCGAUGACAUCUCACGAUGCCCUCAUGGAACAACUCACUCAGACUAUCACGGUUCUAAAAGCCCUCAGGAAAAAUAUUCAUCAAGUCGAUCAGCAUCUAGUCAAGGAUUCUUUAGAAAUUUUACGCUUGGAACGCGCUAGGUCUAACAGAUUGUUGGUUCAAGAAAAGUUGAAACUUAUGGCGACCGUGCAUCAAAGUCAACCCAUGAUACAAUUAUUGUUAUCCACGCCGGACUACGUCGCGGCAUUGGACCUCAUUUCUACGACUCAAGAGAUCCUCUUGCAGGAACUGAACGGAAUUCACAGUUUUAGACACCUGAGCUCGCAAUUGACCGAAAUGGAGAAGCUCGUGGACAAAAUGCUGUCGACGGAGUUUCAAAGAUACGCGACGGCGGAUUUGAACAGACCGUUGGGCGGCGAGAACACCGUUCUCGAUGGCGAUAAACUGGUGUCCAUCAUUUCCGGUCUGCUACGUCAGAAACACUUUCAAUUCGUGGACACGUACAAAGAGGAAGCUGUGACUACGAUAAGAGCGUUAACGAAGCAACGUGUGAUCGAGGCUCUGGCGGCGAGCGAUUGUUGCAGCGAUCAACAAGCGGCAGCCCUCGAAGUCGGAGGUCUCUCUUUGACGGAGAGAUUGAAUUUACUCCACAGUACCAUACAGUCCUUCACGUAUCUUUUAUUACGAGUUAAGGCAGUUCACGAUGUAAUGAGAGACACUGCAGACUUAUCGGCGGGACGUUUAUGCGACGGCUCGUUCGAUGAAUCAGUACCUGAUCGCUUACUAACUCAAGAAGAGCAUACGCGAGUAACCACCAAACUCACUGAUAUGAUUACUUCUGUAUGCGAUUAUUGCCACGAGCGAAUGGGGAAUCUGCUUUCAGCGGGGACGAAUGAGAAGGAUAAGUUUCACAACGAUAAGGACAAAGUUAUCGGCGACGCGUCGCAGAGUCACAAGUCCGACGACAAAGAGUAUCAAGCGUGGAACGAUAAGGGCUCCUGGCUGAGCGAGAGAGCGACCACCGCUCAGGUUUGCCAAUUGGCCAAUAUGGUCGAGGAAUUUACGCACGCUUGCGAGAAACUCUGCGGCAAGCAAUGCACGGCGUUACGCUCGGCGUUUAAGGCGCAAGCGAGCAAAUUUGUACAGCGUUUUCACAAUGAACGGAAGACCAAGCUGACGCUGCUGCUGGAGUCUGAGAGAUGGAAGCAGGCCGAUGUGCCCUCGGAGUUUCAGUCGUUGGUGACAUAUGUAUACGAGAAAAAGUGCUUCCCGCUGAAGAUUUUCACAUGCGAGGACGACACGAAGAGCGACAGCGUGGAGAACUUUAUCGUCGUCGGCGACGAGAAAUUCGCCGUGGUCUGCACCGCUCUGAUGCUGAUACAGAUGAUACACGAAUACUGCAGAACCGGUAGUGAAUUGGUCGCCUUAUCCGGGACCAUAGGAAGACAAUUGGCCGAACUGUUGAGACAUUAUAACUCGCGAUGUUGUCAGCUGGUUUUGGGAGCAGGCGCCAUGCAAGUCGCGGGCUUGAAGACCAUCACAAGUACGAUUCUCGUGCUGGCGGCGCGAAGUUUGAAGCUUAUAUUGUGGUUCAUGCCCUUCGUCAAGGCGCAUUUCCAAGCGCUGAUGGAGCAAAAUCCGAGCCGGGGACUCAUUGGCACGUCCGGUAUGAGCGGCGGGGUGGCUUUAUUGGACAGCGUUGAGAGGGAUAUUCGAGCGCACGUGCGAGAGAUCGAGGGGAAGAUUCUCACCAUCGUGGACAAUUUAUUAGGCGGCCAAAUAUCCAAGUGGACUGCGAGACCGCCGGUGCCAUCGAAGUCUUUCAGAAAUAUUUCUAGUUAUCUAAUGAAGCUUCACGAAGCCGUCUCCGGAAUUUUGCCUACUGUCGAAGUACAAUCGCUUUACCGCACGGUGAAUACGUCCUUCAAGGAGAAGCUUAGGGAGCAACUGGUGAAAAUGAACAUCGUGAACAACGGCGGGCCGCAGCACGGCGUGGUCACGUCCGAGCUCACGUUCUACCUGGAAGCCUUAAGGAAACUAAAAGUACUACCGAGCGAAGAGCUAAAUGACAAUUGGAUGAGCGACAUAUGGACUAGAUAACAUGCAGAGCGAGUGAUAUACUGCAUCAUAGAAGCAAUGAAGUACUAUAGGAAAAGGUGACUAAUCCGUAAACACUCGUCUUCCUUUGUAUUACUCAUCGCAUCCGAAACACGAAACCCACGAUAUUCACGUCCAUCGUCCGAUCGUCUCCGACGGCGAGACUUCGCGCAGGGAGUAGCUCGCGGUUGAAUUUAUGAUUUCUUUUUUUUUUCCAGAUUAGUUUCAUCGCCUCACGGUGCGAUCGCUCGUGUGAUCGUCGUCGAUGAACGUUACACGUGCUACACGCUAACAAAUCGCGAAAUGCAGUUUCGUUAGUCCGAUCGAACGUGAGGUGAUCGACGGCAGGCGUGGUGUGUUUCUGUGAGAUAGAAUAUGUUCAGUAUCUAUAUGAAAAAGGGAAUUUUACAAACACUGAUUAUUGUUGAACUCGCGUUAAUUCUGACAACGUCGAUUGCAUUACUUAACUGAUCACAUCGCUUAAUUGUUUUUGAUCCACCGGACAUAUUUUUUUCGAGGUGUUACGGCCGACAAAUUUUAGGACACAUCGGAUGACCCAUCUCUCGAGUAUUUUCGCUAACCAUAGUGUUCAAACGAAGUGUUGCUACGAAGUAUACAUGAACUAUAUCGUAGAGAUGUCCGUAGGUAUUUUGUGAAAGUAUUAUUUUCUAACACAGGCUGCGGGCGGAGAGAAGCGUCACGUUUGUUUACUUGCGAGUGAAACGUCGUCUCUUACAGAUAUCUCGAUGUAACACGAUGUUGUAGCAGGACCAAACGUACAGAUUUGUAAGUUUUUUUGUAUGAUACCGUAUUUAACAGACGCGUGCAGAACUUCUAUUUCCGAGAUAGUUGUACGUUCCCUCAGAAGAUAUUUUCUUUCUCUUUUUUCUUCGUAAGAGAAAAGUUUCAGAUAAUUGAGUUGUUUAGGACACAAUGUAUAAAUCAAGAAACGGCAAAUACGACUAUCUUGAUUGUUCAUUAUGCGUGUGUCGAUUAUAAUUAAUACGCAGCGAGGUAGAAGUCGACGAUGAAUGUUCGCGCGAAUGAGAUUGCGAUGAAAAGGUACACGUUGCGCCGUCCUAAGAGUCAUCUCUUCAGGAAGCAAGAACGUAUAAUUGCCAUUCUUCAUAACUGAUAUUAAUGCGAUUCUUAUGUGCAAUUGGUAAUGAUAUUGAUUGUAUAUGAAAGAUAAUGUGUUCGUAAUCAUGAAAAAUCUUAUCUAAUAUUCUAAAGACAGAGCGAAAAAAAAAAGGAAGCAAGGAAGGAGAGAGAAAACCACUCGCACUCGCAUAUAUAAAUUUAGAGAAACGUUUGAGUCUUAUCGCGGAUUGUACCGUGCAUUCCAUUCCUGACUUCAUCUAGUCCGAAUUGUACAUAAUAUUGCGAGAGGAGGGUACGCUAAUCGAUUGUACUUUAAUUCAUAAACGAAUUUGCGAAUUUAGGGCGUAAUGCGUCGUGUGAUCCAGCGGAGACGUAUUUAGCGUAUUAGAAUAGGGCUCUGAAACACAUUUUUCACAUUAUGGAAGAGAAGCUGCGGGGAAGCGCUCGGAGCCGAUUGUUAUUACAAAAGAUAUCCUCCGUGGAUUUCACUCUACCAAGACUGACGACCUCUCGUUAGAUCAUCGCGCAUAUGAAAGACAGAAUUGAGAAUUGCGUGUUACGUGUAGAAAGACUAUUAAUUUUUAGAUAUAAAUUAUUGUAUCUUAUACCAUCUUGCAUAAUGUAUUAUGAACAUUAACAUAAAAAGAAAUAACGACACUUGCAGCUGAGAAUAGCGUGAUGUUGUUUAUUUGAACGAGAGCAUCCUAAUAAUCGCCUACCGAACUUUGUAAGACUGGGCAUUAAAAAAAGCGUCAUGAGAACAGAAACUUGCAAUAAUUAUUAACGAUUACGAUUAUCACUCGGUGCCUGUUUCACAAACAGCUACAUCGAAGACAGAAUGUUCCAUAAUGUACGGCAUUUUUCGUCGACCACUCGUACCUAUCGGUAAUCCACGGAUCUACGAUCAGGCAGGAAAUAGUAUGAAUGGGCGCCCACAUGUCGCCAUGGUAACAAAGAGUAAAACAUGUCCAUAACCUGAAGAAGAACAGAAUGGUGCGAACACGAUCACGAGCCUCUGUUGCAACGCGUCUCACACGUAUCGCGUCUCUCCGAGAGAAUGUCUGCGGAAAAUCGGUGAUUAAUUUAUUGCGUAUAUAAUUAAUUCGUUACCUUUGUAAAGAGGAAAAAAAUCAUGUACUAUGAU